AUGAAAGUUCGCCAGAUUUAUUUUGCCUUAAUUUCUCUGAAUUUAUUGUUUACUUACUCGCUUGAUGUCUCAACAAUCGUUUUAGCUAUCAAUUCAGGAGGCUCAGCUUAUACAUCUUCUUUUGGCUUUUCAUACUCUGAUGAUAUCUAUUAUACCCCAGCAACAAAUAAAGUUAGCAAUCUAGCAGGCAUAAAUAUAGCUGAUACAGUAGAUGAAUUUAUUUAUCAAUCUGAAAGAUGAAACUCAGAGACUUGAGGAUAUGACCUCCCUAUUAGCACAGAUGGGACAUAUGUGCUUAUUCUUCAAUUUGCUGACUCCCCCCAUCCUUGAUCGAACGGCUCGCCAUCGUUCGAUCAAGGAUGGGGGUUAAAAAAAUUGUUUUGGGAAAAAAAAUUUAUAUAUAAAAUAAUAUAGGAUUUGCCCUAGGAUGGCGCUAUAUGGGCGCCAUCCUAGGGCAAGCGAAAAUUGGCUCCACACGGGAACCGUAUUCCACGUGUGGAGCCAUUUUUCCACGUGUGGAAUCCACAUUUUCCCACGUGGAAAAAUGGCUCCACACGUGGAACACAAUUCCCGUGUGGAGCCGUGUCUCCAAUUGCCCGAGGAUGGCGCAAUAUAGCGCCAUCCUCGGGCAAUUUCUAUAUAUAAUAUAUAUAUUUUUUUAUUUACUUUUAAUUAAGAGGGUUAAGGUUAUUUAAUAAUUAUUUUUACAGCAAAAAAUUGAAUUAAUCAUAAAAAUUACAAUUUUUAAUAUUUUGAUUUAUUAGUCACCCCUUUAAACUGUAUAAAUUUAAAUUUGUUUCUUAUUGAAUUAAAUUAUUUUUUUUUUUUAAUUUUAAAAAAUCUCUAUUUUUAGAUUAUUGAGUUUUAAGCCUAGGUUGAUGACUAAAUCACUUCGGAUGGUUGAUUCAGUAGCUUUCUGUCGUCUCAAAGUAUCUGAAAACAAUUUCAUUAGGUACUUCUUCCCAAGCUUUCGAUAACUAAUUUUUUAUAUAUAAAAAAUUUGCAUGAUAUGAAAAUCGUUCGAUCAAGGAUGGGGGUUAAUUUCCCCAAUUUUUAGGAUUUUUACAGUCAAUCGUUCGAUCAAGGAUUGGGGGGGAGUGAGAUCAUUUUCUCAGCCGCCAAUUAUAGAGUUUUCACUGUAAAAAUUGGGGACUAUGUUGUUGCUAAUAAUUUAGACUUAUACGCUACUGUAGGGUAUCAUAUAGCUUAUGAUAUUUUUACAACUUUUACAUUAUCAAAUAAUACAAUUUUAAUUUCAGGAAAUACAGUUUCUGGAGCUUAUUCAGGUGGCAAUUUAUUAGUUCGAUUUUAUUUAAUCCUCUCUUUGGGCAACAAAAUUACUUUUUUGUGCUAAAAUUAUCUUUACUAAACGAACGAAAAUUUUUAAUAUUAAAAUUUUUAUGGAAAAAUGAUAUAUAAAUAAUAAUUUAUUUUUAAAAAAAUUAACCCUUUUGGAAGCGAGCAAAAUUUUUUUUGUUCUCUCGCGGAUGGGGAGCUAGGUUGUAGAGAAUCCAAAACUUUCAGGAAUAGUUUUGGUGAGUGGAGAUUGCAGUGUGGCUGAUUAUUGCAAUAUGUGUUAUCAAGCAAGAUGCUUGGUAUGCAAUGUUGCUACUCUCACCUGCACUACUUGUAUUACUAAUGCUAGCAUUAUAAGUGGAGUAUGUCAAUGUAAUUUAGGCACUUAUUGGGAUGCUUCUUCAAGAAAAUGCAUUAUUUGCGACAAAUUGUGUUCAUCAUGCUCAGAUAAGUUUAGCUGCACAACUUGCUUAGGCGCAAAUGUGCUAGUUUCAAAUGUUUGUUUAAGAGCAUGCCCAUAUGGAUUUGGUGCAUCUUGUGCUUCAGUUUCAAGCGCAGUUAUUGAUCAAAAUUUUGCAAAUUAUUUUUAUGGAGCUUAUGGAUUAUUUCAAACAGGGACAAGCUCAAGCAGCUAUAGUAGAUGCACCUUUACUGAUCCGUCUUGGGCACUUUUAUCCUCUUCUACACUCCGUUGACUAUUUAUAUAGCAGCUUUAAAUGGAAAUCUAUGAAUGGCAAUUCCUUGAUUUAGCUUAUUGUUAAAUUAAUUUUGGCAUUUAAUCUAUUUAAGACUGCAAUCGAGGAGACAAAAAAAAGUUUCAAUUUCAACCCAUAAAGAAGCCUAAGUUAUAUUAUUUUUUUAACAAUCCUGAAGUAGUAGACCCCAUCCCAGCUAAAAACCGAGGGCUUUAUUUUUCUGGAGGCUCAUAUCUUCAAACCGCUUCAACUGUAUAUAUUUCGCUUAAUUUUUCAAUUGGAAUGUGGGUUUGGAUAUUAUCUGACUCAGGAGAUAUUUUGACAAAUAGUUCUGGCUAUAAAAUAACGAUAUCUUCAAGUGGAUCUAUGACAAUUGUGUUAGAGAGUAAUAUCGAAUCUAUGACUACAGUAAUGACUGCAGUACUUAACCCUUCAAAUUCAGCGUGAGUUUACAUUUCUUUUAUUAUUUCAUUUUCACCAUCAACAAGUUCUACAACGAUUGCCCCUUCUCUAAACAAUUCUCCACAAACAUCUACAACAUCCAAUGGAUACAUAUAUAGAGAUGCUGUAAGCAAUGCAUUGAUUCUUGGGAAAAGCUCUUCGAGCAAUUUUUUUGGAUAUAUUUACCAAUUCACUUUAUGAAAUGUAGCAGUUUCAAAUUUUAACACCCAAUACUCAGACCAAAUAUGUGGUGCAGGAGCAAUCAAUAGCUGCCUUUGAACUUGCCCUCUAUCUCAAUGAAUGAAUGAGGUAACGCCUACAAAUUGCAAUUCAUGCACAAAUGGUUGUGUAAGAAAUGAAUCGUGCAAUGUUUGUGAAGAUCCUCUUUGCAGUGUCUGUACAGGGUUCUUAGUAGGCCUAUGCAUACAAUGUAUUUCUAAUGCAUCAGGGACUCCUUGCGCUUGCAAUAUUGGCUAUUAUUGAGAUUUAACUAGUAAUAAAUGCCUAUCAUGUGACUAUAGCUGCAAAACUUGCACAUCAUCGACUUCUGGAGACUGCAUUGUUUGUGCGUCUGCCUUUUAUAUGUAUUUAGGAUGGUGCAUUUCUAAGUGUCCAGAUGGAUUUAUAGAAAGCGGGUCAUCGUGCGUUGAAAAAGAUUCUUUUAUCUUUUAUCUUUCAUUUGAUACUCUUGAAGGAGUUGUUUUUGAUAAGCAAAGCAAAAUUCCAGCUUUAACUGGGAACAGCACAGCUUUUUACCCAGAUUAUGAUGACUUUGAUCCAAUAGCUGCUUUAUACAGAGGGUUUUAUUUUAAUGGAAUGAAUUCAGUUAUGCAUUUACCUAUUUAUCCAGGCUACAAUAGCCCAGCUCUCAGCUUUGGCUAUUCUUUUACUUUUUCUAUAUGAGUCAAUAUUGAGAAUGGCUUUGGAAUUAUUCUCUCAAAACAAGAUUUACUCUAUAAUCCAAUUUUUUCUCUCCAGCUAAGUGCUGGAGUUUUAGUGGUUUCCUUAAACUUUAAAAGCUCUGGAUUGACUUCUUUCUAUUAUUUACAAAGUGUUGAAUCUUAUGAAUGAAAUCAUGUUGCAUUCACAGCAGAAUACACAAGUUUAAAGCGGACAAAAAUGGCAUUCUAUUUGAAUGGAAUACAAGAUGAUGGACACGAUUUUGGAUAUGACUAUUUUAAAGAUAUCAAAACAGAUAUUACUUUUACAUUGGGAGCAGAAAAAGAUCUAUUUGGCUAUAAAAAUUAUUUUAAGGGGUUUAUAUAUGAUAUUAAAGGUUAUAAUUCACUCCCCCCUUUAAAUUGAAACAAAAAAUCCUGUUCCAAUUUAAAGGUUUAUUUAAAUACUUUUAUAUUAAAAAUUUUGAGAUCUCAAAAAAUAUAAAUUGAGCGCAGUAAUUUGAAUUUAAAUUCCUUUUAUGAAGAAAUUUAAAAAAAAAAUUAUUUGAAUUAGUGUGAAAAUUGUUUAAAUAACAUUCUAAUUGCAAUAAUUUGAAUUUUUUAAUUUAUAAAAAAUUAAAUAAAAAAAUUAAUUCAUAUAGUUUGAGAACUAUUUAAAUAGCAUUUACUGCACUUGUCUAUUAUAUUGUUCAAAACUAAUUUUAUAAAAAUUAGUACUUUCAUCAAUAAAAAUUUCCUAUGAAUAAGCAAAAUUUGCUCCAAUUUAAAGGGGGUUAAAUUGCAAAUUUACCGAUGCUUUGUUCCAAUUUAAAGUGUGAGUUAGUAAAAAGCAUAUCAGCACUUGCAUUACCUGCAGUUCAAUGUACAGAAAACUGUAAAGCGUGUCUUACAAAUGAAGUCUGCAUCCCUAAUUGUCUAAUUUCUCAGUAUUGGGUUGGUCCAGAAUAUAACAAAUGUUCCAAAUGCAGCAGUGAAUGUCUUAGCUGUAGAGAUUCCAGUGAAUUUUGUGAUCUUUGUGAUAAUCAAAAGUGUGCAUCCUGUUAUGAUUUUACUGGAGAUUCCUGCCUUGAAUGUGUUUCUGGUACUUCAAAUACAACAAACUGCCAAUGUGACUAUGAUCUUGCUGGCUAUACGCAUUUUAUUCUCCGGUUUUGAAAUCACACAUACUAUCAAAUUAUUUUUUACUGAAAACCUUCUAAUCAGAGCAAUAUUUUUUACUAAAAAUCCUAACUCCCCCCCUCCGUGAGUGAACAAAACCAUUAGAAAAAAUCGCUAUUUUUUGCCCAAAAACCCACCCUCCGUGAGUGAACAAAAAUUUUUUUAAUAGAAAAAUUUUUAAUGGAAAAAAAUUUUGAUAUAAUAAAUGAUAAUUAGUAUAAUGAAAUAUAGAGCUAAUUCUGUUUAAUUUUUAAACAAAUUGCGUUUUUAAAAUAUAAAUUUUAUAAAUAAAUUAAUAUUUGCUUCCCAAUUUUUGCAAAUUAGGAGUUUUUAAAUUUCGAAGAAAAAAUUUUCUAUAAAAUUUAUAUAUAAAAUUUUUUUUUAAAAAACAAAAAUUAACCCCCCUCCGUGAGUGAACAAAAUUUUUUUGUUCACUCACGGAGGGGGGGGAAUAAAGAAAAAAAAUUGCAUGAUUUCAAUCAAAUUGUUUACCAAAAAUUAAGAGAAAGUUCCGCACCAAACUUGCUUGGAAUACAAGCUCAGGAAUGUGCGAGACUUGCCAUCAAUGGCAAUACAAAGCAAAUGAUUCUUGCUAUGAUUGUCCUCCUCUCUGUACUCAAUGUGAUAUUAAAAAUAAAUGCAAAUCGUGCAUUAACAAUGCAGUAUUAAAUUCUGGAAGCUGUGCUUGCUCUCCUGGAUACAUAGGAACAACUUCAUGCACAUUUAUCCCCUUUAAUGUCAGUCUUGUUGUUAACAAAAAUAAUACUUUAGUCCUAGCCUUCAGUGACAUGCUAAAGAAAGGUUUAAAUCAUGACCAAAUUAUGAUGCAAAUUCAUAAUAAUAAAAUUCUAUCAUGAUCAAUUUCUCAAAUUUCAAGCAAAGAGUAUUUAAUAUCAUGUAAUUUUGAUGGAGGGAUUUCCAAGGGCACUACUAUUACAGUGCACUUUAUAAAUUCGACAAGCAUUGUAUCGAUCUCUGGAGGUGUAAUCCACGAAGAUUAUUUAUCAGACUUUUUAUAUGAAUCUUUGACUUCUGAAGAGCAAGAGGUGGCUCAAAUUCAAAAUCAAGUUUCUUCUGGAGUAAAAGUUUUUGUUGGAUCAAGUGUAGCUUUAGCAAUGUUCAGUCCAAAUCCUUCAGCUCUAUGAACUAUGCUGAACACUAUUCAAUUUAUUUCCUACAUACCUUAUGCGAGCUACCCUUUAACAGACAAAAUUUCUGCAUUUCUAAAAUCAAUGAGCGAUUUCAAUUUAGUUCCAAAUUUAUUUCUAUUGUUCAUUGAUGAAAAUCAAAGUAACCCACCUUAUUAUCAAGCCAGAAAAUAUGGAUAUGAUAGCUUAUUGAUACUUGUAAAUGUUGGAAAUGAUAUAACUGCUCUGUGUUGUGUUAUAACUGCGAUCCCUAUCGUUUAUUUUUUUUAUAAAUGUUCUCAGAGAUUCAUUGGAAAGAAAUUUAAAAAAUUAUUUAGAGAGUAUAAAUUUAGUGCUUUUUUACGAUUUUGGAUUGUAUGCUAUCUUGAAAUUGGUUUUGCUUCUAUAAUUGGUGUUUUGAGCACAGAAGAUUAUGAAAUCUUAGAAAAUCCGCUUAGAUUAUCUAACUAUUUCAUUUGCUGAUUUUUUAUUGUAAUGAUAAUUUAG